AUGUAGCAGCUUUAAUAGGAACUCUCUGAACUCAUAAACUAAUAGGGUUAAGUUCAAGAUAUACACAGUACAUUAACAAGAAACUCUGCUUCUAAUAGUAUUAUAAGAGAAGAAACAUUACAAAACUAUUUGAUUUCUGAAAGUAAAGAAAGCCAAGAAAAUUUAAAGCAUAUUAUCCAAAAAAGCAAAAUAGAUUAUUUGUGCAAAUUGUAAUCAACUUUCACUAGCUCUGAAUAAGAACAAGAGUUGGCUGAAUAUAUCAAAGAUUUCAAAAAUAAUUUUGGAUAUCUUGGAAGCGACUAAAAUAGCCAUGUUUGGUAAAUUUUAUAAAGUUUGAACGAACUUUAAUCUGUAAAUAGUGGAUUAUCAUUUAUAACAGAUAAAAACCCUAUUUAGAAUGGAGGACUCAUUUUUUCUCUUUUAAAGAGUGCUUUUAAUCUUUAUCAUAAAAUUAACUUAGUUAACAUAUUCGAAUCAUAAGCUAGUGAAGACAAGAACUUAAAGCUAUAACUAGACGAAUAGAUGAUAGAGACAAUUUGGGACUCCGUUAUCGUAAAUGGAUCCAAUAAUAAAAAAACUGUUUACUUUUUAAAUUUAGAGUUUUUGAAUCCUUCUUAGAUUAUUUUUAUAGCAAAGUUAUAGAAACAUUUAAAUAAUUUAAAAAAUGAAGCUUAGAUUCCAAAUAUCGUGAUUUACUCUGAUGACAUUUUAGCAUCAUAGCUUAAAGAGUAGAUAAAGCCUUAAUUAGAAAUAGUUUUGGAGUUCAAAAGAAUGCCUCAAAAAAUUUAGUAUGUAUAGAAUGCUAUUUUAUCACAAAAAAGUAAAAUGGAUUUAAUAGAGCAACUGAUAAUUGAUGCUUUGAAAAAAUACAAGCAAACUUUGUUGAGAUUUGACGUGCUUAUAUUUGUUAAGAACAUUGAAGAGAGCAAAUACUUAUAGCAACACUAUUUAAAUCUUAUCAAAGAAAAACUAAAUAUUAUAGAUUUGACAGAUAUUGAAGUGAAUGAAGAAGAAAGUAAGUUUUACUUAGAAGAUUUCAAAAAGAAUUGGGAAAAAUAAUUGGUCGAAAAAAAAAUAAAAGAAAAAGAAUUAAAAAUUUAACAAGAAAAAGAAUAGUAGGCCAAGAAAAUUGAGGAGGAGUUAGCACUUGAAAGAGAAAGACAAAGGAAGAUUGAAGAAGAUAAAAAUAAAAUAUUCGAUGAAGAAAAAAAACUAAUAAAAGAAAAAAUAAAUCAAUAACAAGUAUAAUAAAUACCAGAUGUUCAUCCUUUACAACAAAUUAAUUAAGAUGAACUUAACAUUCCUCCUUUCCCUGCUGUUCCAGAAAUAUAGCAAUAAUAGUUAAACUUAUAAGAAAUAUAGAUAAAUUAAAAUUAAGAGUAAGAGAUCUAAUUAUAGAAAGUACAAAGAGAAGAAGAGAUGGUAAAAGAAGAAGAAGAGUAAAAAAGAAAAGAAGAAGAACUAAUGGUAAAAGAAGAAGAAGAGAGAAAAAGAAUUGAAGAAGAAGAAGUGAGAAAAAUAAGAGAAGAUGAAGAAAACAUUAAAUUAAAAUAAUUAUAAGAAGAAGAAGAGAGAAAAAGAAGAGAAGAAGAAGAAAUUAAAUUAAAAGAAGAUGAAGAGAUAAAAAGAAAGCAAGAUGAAGAAAAUAAGUUGAAGCAGGAAGAAGAAGAAAGAUAAAAAGAUAUACAGCAAUAUAAUGAAGAUUUAAAUAAAUAGAUUAAUAAAAAUAAGUAAAAUCUCUACAAAGCAAAUGAAUUUAAUAUUUUCAUAGCUAAAAGCUAUAAGCAAUUGAAACAUCAUAACUUAGAUAAUGUAAUCAUUUAAAUUGAUACAGGUGAAGCAUUCAAAGUAUAUUUCAUGGAUACUAUUUUUGAUUAGAUUCCUGUAGUAAGCUCUAAAAUUACAAGAGAAGAAGCUAUUAAAAGAGAAAGACUCAUUGGUAAUACUAAAUCAUGCGAAAUUCAUAGAUUGUAUGAAAAAAAAGAAUUCCUUAGACUACAAAAGAGGGAUUUUUUGAAUUUAAUAAAUUUGGAAUAGUAUAAGGCCUUUUCAGAAAUUUAAAAUGAGAAAUGCCCUUAAAAGUAAGCAAUUAGGAUUUUGUUAUAGAUCAUGAUAAAUCUUAGUGAAAACUGGUUUAGCUGCUCUUCAGAAGUAGGAGCUCAUAUCUCAAUUUUAUGGAGUAGAAUGGGUGAUAUCUUUUCUGUUCAUAACUAGCUCUUGGUUUCUUAGACUGAUGAUUUAUAUUUAGCUUGCUAAAAUCUCAAUCUGCAGAAUAUUUUAGAAAAAAAUCAAGUUAAUUCAAAUCAAUAUGAUAAAAUUGUUUAUAAAAUGCUCAAUAUUCAAAAAGUUUUAAAUAUCAAAGAAGAUCCAGUUAAAAUCUUACAGAAAUUAGAAGCAACCAAAUUUUCAGAACUUGUUCAGUAAGUUGCUAUAGAAAAAUAUUGGAAAAAUUUAUGCGUUUAUUCAGGACAUAGAAGACUUGGUUUCCGUCACUUUGAAUCAGCUAAAAUGUUGAACUAUGCUGAAAUAAGCAGCAUGAACCUUAUUUAAGAAAGACCUUUCCUUAUUAUUCCCCUUCAGCUUCAAAUUAAUUCUAAAAAUUAAUAUGAAAUAAAGCAAUGCUUAGCUAUAGAUCAUCCUUUUUUACUAGAAAAUGCUCCUUCUUAAUUUAUUGAAAAGCAUUAACUCAGACUGCUUAAAAGACAAAGUUUGAAUUUGCAUGAGAUCGAAUAUUUUGGUAUUUCAGAUGCGUUGUUCUAAUACUUUGAAGAUAACAAUUAAAUAAUUAAAGAUAUGGAAAAUAAAUUCGAUUGUUAUUAUGAGCCUAAUCAUCAUAUGGACACUAUAACCAUACAUUCUGAUGCAAGCUAAAAGGAAAAACUAGAAAAACACUUUAAUAACUUGCUUUAAGAAGCAUAAAAAAUACUCUCAGAAGAAGUUAUGGAAAUUUCACAUGGAAACAACUGCAUCCUAAAGAUUUAAAAAGGAGGUACUAUCAAAGAAGUUACUAUUUUACAGAAUGAACACAUCUUUAUUGUUGAUAAUCUACCCUUAAAUGUGAAAGAGUAAGAUGUUAUAAAUUUAUUUGAAGAAUAUGGAGAUAUUGUUCAAGUCAAAUUUUUCACUGAUCCCACCCUCAAAAAUGUUGAAGAAAAAUCUAUUUCUGCAGAAGUUUUAGUGGCUGAAACAGAAGAUUCCAAAUUUUUUGUAGAAACAUUUAAUUAAAUAGAAUUUUAAGAUAGAGUCCUGCAGUUGCGUUUGAAAAACCACAGCUACUAAAUACAUCAAGAUAAUAAUUCUACUAGAUAUCAUAACAUUUUUAGAUGGCAAACUUGGAAAUCAAAACAAACUGGAAGAAUUGAAUUUCUUGAUGAAUCAUCAGUUUAAUCUUUUAUGAAAUUAGUUUAAAAUAAACUAAUUGUUGAUGGUAAGGAAAUUAAAGCAGAAUAGGAUAAAAAUUUUAAUAAAACCGUCAUAUUGAGUGGGCUAUAAAAAUGCACAGAUGAAGAAACUUUAAAAUCUUGUUUGAUACCAGAACUUUAAAAGAAUAUUGUGAGAAUAAAUGUAGAUAGAAUAGCUGAUGUUGACAGAGGAAUUAGCAAAACUAGUUUAAUAUUCGCUCUUAAUAAGAUUUAUAAAGAGUAACACUAAAUAAGUUGGGUAAGAAGAAAAGAUCAUGGUAUUGUUGAAGCUAAAAUAUGCUUUUCUAAAAAUUACUUAUAUAAGAUGAACACUUACUAUGAAAGAUUUAAUAGUAAGCCAGAUAUUUUAGGAUAAUAAAAAUUAUAUGUUUAAAGAAAUUAUAUUGAAACCUUUAACUAUGACUUGAAGAUGAUGAACGUAGUCUAAAUGAUAUUAAAAGGUAAUCAGGAAUUAGUUUAAAUGUAACAAAAGAAUGAAAUAAAACUCAAGGAAAAAAUUGUAAGACCAAUUCCCUCUAAAUAAGAAUUCAUUGUAAUUUUGAAAUGCAAUGAUGAAACCCACUUUAAUAAGGCAAAAGGAAUUAUGUAAGCUCUGCUUUAAUCAAAACUGCUUGAUUUGAGAAAUGUAAAAUUAGAUUUGGCCAGCUUAUUCGAUGAGGAAGAUUAAGUAGAUUACUCUUAGUUGUUCACUGAAAUAGGAUAAAAGAAGCUCAAAGAAAUAGAAAGCAAAUACCCAGUAUUUUUCAAAAUAAAUUUAAUCAAAGAAGAAGUUAGAGUUUUCUGUACUGAUGCCAUUUAUGAUUUGAUAAAUAAAGAUGUUGAGUACUUCUUAAGAUAGAGUGUCAGAGUUAAAAUUCCUAUUAGUGGAAAAAAUAUUAGAAACAUACUUGGAAUAGAUGGAAGAGGUUUAGAAGAGUUUAAAAAUAAAACUAACAUUUGCAAAAUUUAGCUAGACUACAUAUCUAAAGACAUUUAUAUGGAAGGUAAUUCUAAGUAAGUUGACUAAGCUAAGAAUGCUUUACUUGCUUUAUUGGAGGAAAAAAAUAGCUAAGCAUGCUUAAAUAACAUGCCUUAUUCAUAUGAAGAUUGCUAAGUCUGCUCUGACACUAUUGUCACAGGAUACAGAUUGCAAGGCUGUGGUCAUAAAUUUUGCCUAAGCUGUAUUAUGUUUGUAAUAGAUAAUUCUUUAGGUGAUGUGAAUUCUCUUCCAAUUAAAUGUCCUUUUUGCAGUUAAGCUAUUAUUAUGAAAGAUAUAAAAACUCUUAUGAGUGAGGAUCAAAUAUAAAAAAUGACAAGAAUGUCUUUAAAUCAUUACAUACAAAACAACUUUUAAGAAUUCAGCUUUUGUGUGAAUGAAAAUUGUAAGUCUAUUCAUUCAUCUAAACUAACUAAAUAUACUUGUUAUGAAUGCAAAAAAACUUACUGUUCAAAGUGUGCAGCAGAAUAUCAUUUUGGUAUGACUUGUACAGUUUAUUAGGAAACUGAAGCGAAAAACAUAGAAUUCUUAAUCAAAGAAGGUGCUCGUAAAUGCCCUAAUUGUGGAGUCUACAUCAUUCGUAUAGAUGGAUGUUAUAGGGUAGAAUGUAGAAGAUGCAACCAGCAUAUUUGCUGGAAAGAUAAUUGCAUGAAGUUCUUUGCAACUUCAUCCGAAUGUUAUAACCAUUUAGACGAGAAUCAUGGAGGUUAUUGGUGA